AUGACGAAACAGAUCCUUUGCGAGUUAACGCUCAUUUGGAAGAAACUUGGAAAACCGUACAAUCAUCAAGAUGAUCAACUAUUUCAUGAAUUCUGCGAAAAUCAUCUUUGGUUUGAUUGGAUUGACGAAAUGAAUGAUGAAUGGGAUGAUUCAAUGGGCGAGCCCACUCAUUUCAUUGUUGUUCGUGAUCCGAUCGAUCGUUUCACGUCAAUGUUUGGCUAUGUUUGUGGCUUGUACAAGAAUUGCGGCCAGGGAACGGAUUCAAUUCACGUGACAGCACAACUUGUCUACGAGAUGUUGAUGUAUGAGAGGGAACCGAUUGGAUUAAAUGAUUUGAAUCAAUUUAAACACCAUUUUGAGCCACAUACUUGGUAUUGUGAUAUCGGUUUGAAUCGAGAUCUCUAUGAAGUCGUUUAUUAUUCGCCGAAUCGUUUAUUAAAUAUGGCACAAAUGCAGAAGAUUUUCGAUCAAGCCGGCAUUCCGAUCGAGUACUCGAAACGAGUUAGU